AUGUCUACUGCUACUGGUAAAAAGAGAUCUUUCAAAUCUUUCUCCUACAGAGGUGUUGACCUCCCACAAUUGUUGGAAUUGCCAACUGAAGACUUUGCCAAGUUGACCCACGCCAGAGUCAGAAGAAGAUUCCAAAGAGGUAUGGACUCCAAGGCCAUGGGUUUGAUCAAGAAGUUGAGAGCUGCUAAAUUGGCUGCCGUUGAAGGUGAAAAGCCAGCUGCUGUCAAGACUCACUUGAGAAACAUGGUUAUCGUUCCAGAAAUGAUCGGUUCCGUCAUUGGUGUUUACUCCGGUAAGGUUUUCAACCAAGUUGAAAUCAAGCCAGAAAUGGUCGGUCACUACUUGGGUGAAUUCUCCCUUUCUUACACUCCUGUCAGACACGGUAGACCAGGUAUGGGUGGUAAGUCUGCUUUCAUGCCACUUAGAUAA